AGGCAAGUGGCUGGCUAACGUGAAUCUGUGACAGGACAAUGCGCUCUAACCCCAAUUUGUGAAACUAUUAUGUUGUGUAGCGAAGUAUUUUUAUAAAUGCAUAUAGUAUAUCUUGCCGUAAGAUUGCCAUUCUCCAGACAAAUCCCUGGAAUGACAUUGGAUACAGACGUCACGAGUCAGAUCAGAGAAUGUUACAUUGUAUCUCUUUCUGGUAAAAUGGCCAGUGAGCUGUUAACAUAACAACCCGCGACAUUGUCAACCAAAUUGGUAAAAAUAUAGAUUUUUAAAAAUACAAUGGGUGAUACGAUUUUAUUCCAGGAAUGCCAACGUGGAACAAAAUGGUUCGUGUUCUUUUUCUAACAAAAUGGCGAUAUAAUCAAUGUUUAAGGCGGGAGGGUGAACACAAGAGUGGCUGUUAGGGAGGCAGAAGCAGCCAUCUCAUUCGCUAGACACACUUCCAUCACAGAUAGAACCAUGUUUAGUUAUACAAAUCUUUGCUUCUGUUCUGACGAUGGUUGCUGUGGAAACUGACUGACCUCAUUUGGCGCGUGUGCGAGUCACAAGACAAAGGCAGUGAGGGUAUUCAGUGCCAGUGCAAGGAGGUGCGCUGUAAAAUGGUCCCUUGUGGAAACCCUUAGCACUGCUGUAGUUGACAGCAUAAAAGAACCGCUCGACCUCCUACUGCAGUACCUACCGUCUCAGAUCCUAGUGACUGUACUACAACAACAGAGCUAUGACCAUGAUGAGCUCACAGUUUGGCCUGGACGAUAUGGAGGCCAUACUCUGGGGGCCUUCCUCUCUCAUGGCCGACCCCAUGGGGUCGCUGCUCCACCAUGAUGAAGUUACAUUGAUAGAGGGGGCUUCACUCCUCUCGUCAUCUUCUCCAAUUCUCCUUCUAUCCCCUCCUCCCUCUCUGCCUUCGCUGGAAGAGAAGGCUGAGGUAGACUUGCUGUCCUUCCCUUGGCUAUCUGCUGAUGAGCUAGGCCACACCCAUCACAUUGGUGCAGAUAAUGGGAAAGAAGAUACCUUUUCUGGCAUGGACUGGAUGGCUAAGAGGGUCGACCUGAGUGAGUUUGACCUCGACUCCCCUACAUGUUCCCCCAGCUCCCCUGAAGACCUCAUUACUUCAUUUGAGUGUCCCAUGGAGCUGGACUCACUCCCCCUCCCAACUCUCCCUACUCCCACGGACCUUCCCACCACCACCACUGAUCCACUCCUCCCCCCGACCGUCUCACAGCCCCAAGAAGACCCUCAGGAGGUCCAUUCACCUCCCCCCUGCGUCCCCGAUGCCCAGGAGGAGCUGGAGAUCAAAUCGGAGCCCCAGUCCCCAGCCCCCUCUCUUCUUCCAUCUCCCACCUUCACCUUAGAGUUGGGCAGUGAGGUGGAUGCCUCGGCGAGUGUCCGCGAGAAGCUGCUUCACCUGGAGUUACCCCAGCCGGUCCCCAGCAUCGUGCUGUCUCUCUCCCCAACCCGCAUCGUUGUCCUCCUGGCCCCUAAACACGAGGUUGGCGUGACAACCGUCACCAUCACAGAGAUCCUCUCCUCUGACAGUGACAGCAGCUUAAGCUCCUCCGGGCAGCUCAACUGGCCCUCCAUCGCCACAACUCGGUCAAGGUUCCAAAAUAGGAGAAAACCGUACCCAACAACCCCCAAGUCUAGGCCACAACAUCCAGACCAGCCAUCUCCCACCACCACAUCGACUGGAGGACCCCCGAAGGAGAAGAAGCUCAAGAAGAUGGUGCAGAACAAGACGGCGGCCACGCGCUACCGCCAGAAGAAGAAGACUGAGCAGGAGGCCCUGAGCGCGGAGUGCGACAAGCUGGAGCAAAGGAACCACAAGCUGGCGGAGAAAGCAGACUCCAUCGCCAAUGGGAUCCAGUAUCUCAAAGACCUCAUGGAGGAGGUGCGCCAAGCGAAGAGCAAGAAGGGACUUGGUGACCUCUAACUGUACUGUGUAACCCACCAAGUAUCCUACUAUCUAUAAUGCUUUUUAAAUGCAUGUAUUGAGACUCCCAAAGCCCAAGUUCUAUUGACCUUCCUGCCUGUCUCUUCCUUUGAGUAAAGAGACUGUUCUUGUAGCUUGAGUUUGAUGUAGUCCCUGAUCUCUUGUAAUAAAACCUUAAGUAUUUUCCUAACAGUA